GAAUCUGCCCCUGGUCUAGGAGGGCUAGAAUCGACUGUUUGAGCAGUUGAACGACCUCUUCCCCUACCUCUGCCCGCCAUCUUGGAUUUGGCUUUGUUGCCUGGCACGUGUGGAAGUCUACUAAGUGGGAAGGGGUAGCGCUGCAAAGAAAUCAAGAUGGCGCUGGAAGUGGAAUCUGCCGAUGUGGUGAGGUUGGUCCAACAGUUCCUGAAAGAGAAUAAUCUUCCAAGAACUUUAGCAACAUUACAGGAGGAAACUGGGAUCACCCUGAACACUGUGGACAGUGUGGAAAGCUUCGUGAAUGAGAUCAAUAGUGGCCACUGGGAUACUGUGUUAACAGCCAUCCAGUCUCUAAAGUUGCCUGAUAAAAAGUUGAUUGACCUUUAUGAACAGAUUGUCUUAGAGCUGAUAGAGUUACGUGAGCUUGGCGCUGCUAGAUCUCUCCUGCGGCAAACAGAUCCUAUGAUUAUGCUGAAGCAGCAGCAAGCAGACAGAUACCUUCAUCUGGAAAACAUGCUGGCUAAGUCUUACUUUGAUACAAGAGAGGCCUAUCCAGAAGGAGGAAGUAAGGAAAGAAGACGUGCAGCCAUUGCCCAAGCACUGGCAGGAGAGGUAUCUGUGGUCCCUCCCUCGCGUCUGCUGGCCCUGUUAGGACAAGCAUUAAAAUGGCAGCAGUACCAAGGUAUGCUCCCCCCUGGCACAACCAUUGAUGUCUUCCGUGGCAAGGCGGCGGUCAGGGAUGAGGAGGAGGAAAAAUACCCCUCUCAAAUGAGCAAGACAAUUAAGUUUGGAACCAAGUCUCACCCUGAAUGUGCAGCAUUUUCACCAGAUGGGCAGUAUCUUGUGACUGGCAGUGUGGAUGGUUUCAUAGAAGUGUGGAAUUUCACAACGGGAAAGAUCAGGAAGGAUUUGAAAUAUCAAGCUCAAGAGAAUUUUAUGAUGAUGGAUGAGACUGUGCUGUGUCUGACAUUCAGUCGGGACAGCGAGAUGUUGGCAUCUGGUGGACAGGAUGGAAAAAUAAAGGUUUGGAAGCUGCAGACUGGUCAGUGUCUACGUAGGUUCGAACGUGCACACUCCAAAGGUGUAACAUGUGUGACAUUUUCUCGCGACGCCAGUCAACUGCUGAGCGGAUCAUUUGACAUGACAAUCAGGAUGCAUGGAUUGAAGUCAGGCAAGACAUUAAAGGAGUUUCGUGGUCACACAUCUUUCGUAAAUGAUGUCAUCUUCACAGCUGAUGCUCAUCACAUCAUAAGUGCCAGUAGCGAUGGAACAAUUAAGAUCUGGAACAUAAAGUCCACCGAGUGCCAACACACUUUCAAGCCAUCAGUUGGUGGUUUAUCAUCUGAGAUCACGGUCAACUCUGUUCAUCUCUUGCCUAGGAACAUAGAGCAGUUUGUGGUGUGCAAUAAAUCAAACACAGUAGUCAUCAUGAACAUGCAAGGACAGAUUGUGCGCAGCUUUACUAGCGGCAAGCGGGAUGGCGGAGAUUUCUUAUGCUGUGUCCUGUCACCUAGAGGGGAGUGGAUCUAUUGUGUAGGGGAAGAUGGAGUCAUGUAUUGCUUUAGUACCACAACCGGCAAACUAGAACAAUCACUCCAGGUACAUGACAAAGAUGUCAUUGGAGUCGUACAUCACCCUCAUCAGAACUUGAUUGCAUCUCACAGUGAGGAUGGACAGCUCAAACUUUGGAAACCUUGAAUUCAUUUUUUUACUCCUUGCAUUCUGUACCACCUUGACUUCAAAGACGCAAAACUUGACUUCAAAGAUGCAAAACACAGCCCUUGUGAAUAUACUUUUAAGUGAACCCUGCGCUUCAAAUAUACAAGUAAUUUUCUAAUGUGUAUGACUGUCAUAUCACUGCAAAGUGCCUUACACAUAACCUUCAGUCAUUGACAUCUCUUGGAAUAGUGAUUCUCUAAUAUAACCUGGUAUUAAAUGUAAAGUUUCUUUUCACUUCCCCGUUUUAUUUUGUAGCUGUUUUAGUUAGGGUUUUUCAAGUACUUGUAAAUAUAUUUGUACAUGAAAUAAAAAUAGAAGUUACAA